GGCAAAUGACUCGACCCUUUCGCGCAGCUCGAGCGUUAGCCUCUGUAGCUUUACUGGUGGCUGUGCUGUCCUCUUCUCGCUCUGUCCAUAGCCAAGUGUUUCGGACGAGAGAUGCCUUCAUCGUCGAAGGGAGAAGCGACUGGUACCCGUACGCUGAUUUACCUGACCGCAACGCAAUGUUGAGCGAGAGAUCGUGUUUCACGCCAGACGGAAAUCUCGGCUACUGCACGUCGGUGCGCUCUUGCUACCCGACGUUGACACUGCCGCAAUUGCAUCAACCGCAAACGUGGGCGAUUAUCAGCCGUGGCACCUGCCACUACGCCAGAGACGACGGCAUUCAGGCUUACGGCGUGUGUUGUUUGCAAGUAGCCACGCGAAACGAUCAGCACGACGACGGUCGAGAAGCUGAAGGUGCAUACGGAUCCAUCCAGUUGGUGUUGCCGCUGAAUCGCUACACCAGCCAGUUCUUGCGGCCGUUCAACUUCCAAACGCCGUCGCGUAGGAAACCUGCCGAGGUCGCGUCGACAAGCGUCGAUACCAACAAGAACGUGGCCGGUUUCAAGCAAUCGCUCACCUGCGGCACCGGUCCCAUCAAGACGUUGACCUACGACGAGCAGCGCCUCUUCGGACCAAGCGAGGCCGAUAAAAAUUCUUGGCCAGCCACCGUGUCACUGCGAUUCAACGGCAAAUUCCUGUGCGGCGGAUCGCUGAUUGGGCCGACUCAAGUUCUGACGGCUGCCCACUGCGUCGACGGUGUGUCGUGGGGCGCAAUCAAUCAGUUGAGCGUCGAGAUGGGCAUGCACGUGCUCAACCCAAGCGACGCCGAGAUGAAAAAACCAGUGCGUCGCAUCAUCAUUCACAGGGGGUGGAGUCGAAGCACUAAAUACAACGAUAUCGCCAUUCUCAUUUUGGCUUCGCCCGUCGUUUACACGACCUCCGUUUCGCCCGUCUGUUUGCCGCAACAGGCUACCACCGAACCAGAGAUCAUCAAGGAGGCGUCCUCCGUCGGAUGGGGAACAAUCAGAGAAGGUGUCUUUUUCUCGUCGACUGCCCUUCAGCACACGACCGUCAAAAUACUGGACAACGGCCAAUGCAAAGAAAGCUAUCCGAACAUCAUCGGCAGCAUGCUGUGCGCCAUCGCGCCCGAGAGCAACACUUGCCAGAGCGACAGCGGCGGUCCGCUGUACAACCGAACGUCACCAGAUGCACCUUGGGUACAGCUGGGCAUCGUCAGUCAUGGAAUUGGCUGUGCCCGACCAGGAUACCCCGUUGUCUAUACCAGGGUGUCUUCUUACAGGAAUUGGAUCAGGCUAGUGUCGAGAGUUUAAUCACCAAAUCGGCCCAUCUCAUCAACCGUGUCUCUCCUUUCCAUUUGACCAUUUUUUUUGCUUUCCU